AUGGAGUUAUCAGGAUUGAAAAAGAAGAGUUUGCUAGGACUCAAAGAAAAUAAUAAAAAAUCCAACACUAGGGCUCCCUCACCAACCAAGCGCAAGGAUAGGUCUGAAGAGAAAUCAAAGGACCGGUCCAAGGAUAAAGCAGCCACUAAGGAAUCGGGUGAGAAGGAUCGUGGUCGAGACAAGACACGCAAAAGACGCAGUGCUUCCAGUGGGAGCAGCAGUACCAGAUCCCGUUCCAGCUCAACUUCCAGUUCAGGGUCCAGUUCCAGCACUGGUUCUAGCAGUGGCUCUAGCUCCUCUUCUGCCUCGAGCCGCUCUGGGAGCUCCAGCACCUCACGCAGUUCCAGUUCCAGCAGCUCCUCUGGAUCUCCAAGUCCUUCUCGACGGAGACAUGACAACAGGAGACGCUCCCGCUCCAAGUCCAAGCCACCCAAGAGAGAUGAAAAGGAGCGGAAGAGGCGGAGCCCGUCACCCAGACCUACAAAAGUGCAUGUUGGAAGGCUCACUAGAAACGUGACCAAGGAUCACAUCAUGGAAAUUUUUUCCACUUACGGAAAGAUUAAAAUGAUUGACAUGCCAGUUGACAGGCUAAAUCCACACCUCUCUAAAGGCUAUGCUUAUGUGGAGUUUGAGAACCCAGAUGAUGCUGAGAAAGCCCUGAAACACAUGGAUGGAGGCCAGAUUGAUGGUCAGGAGAUCACUGCCACAGCUGUGCUGGCACCACGACCUAGGCCGCCUCCCAGACGCUUUAGCCCACCCAGGAGGAUGCUGCCGCCACCACCGAUGUGGCGCAGGUCACCCCCUCGCAUGAGGAGACGGUCCCGGUCUCCUAGGCGCAGAUCCCCUGUCCGCCGGCGAUCAAGAUCCAGAUCUCCUGGACGAAGGCGCCAUCGCAGCCGCUCCAGCUCAAACUCCUCACGAUAAAGCAAAAAGACUGGACAGCUUUUUAUUUUUUAACUUAAAUCCCAUCAGACUAAAUAUUGUACCUUUUUUUUAUAAUGGGUCUGGGUGAGGAGGAGUGAGAGAGAGAGAAUCCUAGCAGUGAAGGCAACCUAAGAGGAGAGAGCAACAGUUCCCGGCCAGUAGAUAGCCUUUGCUGUGGGCCUUCUAGUUUCCUGGCAUUGAAUUGAAAUUAUUUAAAAAUGGCUUUGAUUUUAAAGGCUGCAAAAACAUCUUUUCCAGAUAAACGAAAGGAAAGAUGUUACAGCCUCUCUUUCUCCAAUUAGCAGGCUGCUGCUUGGUGAUUUCUAAACGCUUAGCACGCUGUACAGACAAGCAUGUAAAUCUUGAGCUAUUUCAGAAACCCUGUAUAGUAAGACAGGGAGGCAUUUAAAACUUGACCUCUAGGUGCCAGCACAGGAUUUUUCAGAGCAGCUGGAG